GAGAAAGAGAAAGACAAGGAGGGGUGUGAGUGUGAGCGCGAGCGCGUGUGCUUAAGAUAGCUACUCACAGAAAAGAAGGAAUAAGAAAAUUGAAGUAGCUGCCAUAUGCUGAGGAUUUUGGUGAAUGCCUUGCUGAGGAGACACGCUCGUUUUUCCGGCGGAUCCUAAGAGAUGGGAAGCUCACAUCUGCUGAACAAAGGCUUGCCAUUAGGCAUCAGGCCUCCCAUAAUGAAUGGCCCCAUGCACCCUCGUCCUCUGGUGGCACUGCUGGAUGGGCGGGACUGUACGGUGGAGAUGCCCAUCCUGAAGGACGUGGCCACCGUGGCCUUCUGUGAUGCCCAGUCCACCCAGGAGAUCCACGAGAAGUGUCUGCUCUCAGGGCGUGUUGGACAGGCGGUGGCGCUGAGGGCCAAAGCAUUCGGCUUCAACGUGAUCUUCUAUGACCCGUACCUGUCUGACGGGUUGGAGCGAGCCCUGGGGCUGCAGAGAGUCAACACCCUGCAGGACCUGCUCUUCCACAGCGACUGCGUCACCUUACACUGCAGCCUCAACGAGCACAACCACCAUCUCAUCAACGACUUCACCAUCAAACAGAUGCGUCAGGGCGCCUUCCUCGUGAACACGGCACGUGGCGGUCUGGUGGAUGAGAAAGCUCUGGCCCAGGCUCUGAAAGAGGGCAGAAUACGGGGAGCAGCCCUGGACGUCCAUGAGACAGAGCCCUUCAGUUUCAGCCAAGGUCCUCUUAAAGACGCGCCCAACCUGAUCUGCACCCCUCACGCGGCGUGGUACAGCGAGCAGGCCUCCAUUGAGAUGCGUGAGGAGGCGGCGCGGGAGAUCCGUCGAGCUAUUACCGGUCGCAUUCCAGACAGCCUGAAGAACUGCGUCAACAAAGAGUUCCUCACACAGACCACGCACUGGGCCGGCAUGGACCCUACUGUUGUUCAUCCAGAACUCAAUGGAGCCUACAGGUACCCCCCAAGCGUCGUGAGCCUUGCUUCAGGGGGUCUGCCUCCUUCAGUGGAGGGCAUCAUGCCAAGCACCGUGCCCAUCACCCACAGCCUGCCCACCGCAGCCCACCCUCCGCACGCCCCGUCACCCGGCCAAACCAGCAAACCCGAACCCGACAGAGAGCAGCACCCUAACGAACAGUUGUAGCCCCCUCUUCAAAGGCUCUCCGUACCACUAUAGAACUCUCCUGGUCCUUCUUUACCCCAAAGAAGAGGAGCGGAAACAGGCUCCCAGGCUCAGAACCAGCCACUUAAAAACAACCACGACUCUGAUGUAGCCAGCUCUUGACUGAAGGUGGUGGACUUGCGCUCUUUGAAGUAACUAGUGGGAAAAAAACAACAACAAAAAAAGAGAAAAUCUUGUGGAUUUGAAACUUCUCCCUGAUGCAAAACCCUGCUGUUUUAGAUUGUAGUCUGUCCAAGUGCAGUGGGCGAUCUUUUAACUGUUAUUGUGUCUGUCUAAUGGGUUUCAUUGUUAAAACAACAGUAGCUAUUACAUGAAUGUAACCUGUUUGUGUACAGUUUUUUGGACAUGAUCAAUGGUUUGUAGACGAGAAAGAAAAAUAGAAACCGCAUUAAGGGAGGCAUCUUACCACCUGAUUAUAGAUACGAUAACAAAAAGCAUAUUCGUUUCGCUCAUUUGAUUUUAAAAGCACCGAUAGAGGCGGGAUUUGCACACCCUCUCAGGAAAAUUUAUUUCCCCCCCUCCCUUCCUUCCUUUUAAAUUAAACCACAUAGUGCAUUGUUUUUUGUACCCAUUUGUCUUUUAUAGUCUAAAUUCAGUACAGUACUUAUUUUUAUUUUUGGAGCAUGUAUUACUUCAUGUGUUAAAGGUUAAAAAGAAAACAGAAAAUGUUCAAUUUUUGAGCAAAAAGAAAAAAACUAAACAAAUUUGUCUUGUGCAAAGCUGGCGUAAUGCUUGCCUGUUUGUGUGUGACUUGAUUGUACCGUGUUUUUCGAGGAUGCCGGGAUAGUUGCAGCUCUCCAUCGCCUACAUUGAUUCCUUCCUGGUAAAGUGGUAGGCUAGCAAUAUACAUACUAUAUAUACUAUGAGAUAUUCAUAUUUUUUGUUAAACAGAAUCCAAAAAGAAAUGUUUGUGACUGUAUGCAUUUGUAUGAAUUAUUUUAAAUGAAAUAAAAGUCAGAGUUAAACGACACAGCAGCAUUUC